AUGGCUCCCCUCACAACUACUCGUCUUUCUCAGUCUGUUUCCACAGGACUGGGCCGUCACCUUGUUAGUCCACGCAAACCUCGAGGCAAGCGGAAAUCACAAGUACUUUUCAAGAUGCCAUUCCAAGAUUCCAAACGGCGUGAACUACUGGCCAACCUGGAACGGUUGAUGAAGGGUGAGGAGCCUGAGCCCAAACCCCAACCAUCGUCGACAAAUCAUGUAAAAACGGAAGAAGACUCCACUCUGGAUAUCUUCGGACGAUGGUACAAGCUUCUCAAGCGCCCUAAAACUCUCGAGCUGUCCGCUAAACGUCUUCAUGGCAGCUGGAAGAGAUUAAUACCAACACUCAUUAGGCCCCAGUUGGACUAUCGCGCAAGGACAUUCGGCAAGACUGUCGAUGCUCCUUUGGAGACCCUUUCCCUGUGUACCAAACGUUGCAGUCCUCACAAGCGGGUCCCAGUAAUCUGUCUGUUUUUCGAUCAGAUACUCAGCUGCCCAUGUUCAACCCUUCCACAAAUCCUCGUUCACCACGGCCUCUUUCCCACAGCACCAUCCCAGCCUCGCUUGGCCAUCUCAAUCGAGCUUCUAUCAUUUUAUCGCGCCCUUUUCGAGCGAUCUCGUGGCGCGACCAAAGCCCUUUCCUCCGCUCUCCAUACGCAUUAUUGGCGGAGAGGAUUUAAAAUGACGAACUCACAGAACCUUUGCGACGCAGCCUCGGACAUGCUGUACAAUGGUUUCGACACCUUGCAAGUUGAGAUCGAACGGCACGUCGAUAAUACGAUGCAACACGGCCGCAAUCCGCCGCCCCCUCAUGCAGAAAUCAUACUGCCCUCCCACAUAGACACGCCCCCGCCUUCUCCUUCAGACGAUGUCCCAUCGCCUCGUCAGGCUUCUGUCGAAGCUGAUACAGUCCCUUCAGCAAGCCACAUUCCGCCCCCGCCUCCGGAAAACUCCCGUACUAUUCACCCCCCUCCCUCUGUGUUGUCCAACAGGCUGAGAGCCAUUGAAGAAAACCGUGUUACUAUACGCAAGCAAGAUGGUGAGGGCUUUUCUGCGGAAGUGGCGCCGCGGAGAGCAGAUGGUGGAUCCUAUCCCUACUAUCGCUAUGCGCCUGACUUUGUGCAUAGGCCAUCGUACCCCCCUGACCCCUAUUGGCAGGAGCUCCGCCAAAUGCCUGGACCAAUGCACAUCGCUCCCUACGGUCACUACUACCAACAUGGUGCAUAUGGUGUCGAAGGGACAUACCGCAUGCCAUUACAGGAUGCUCCAGGGAGUUUUCUGUCCCCCUAUGGUGGUAUGUAUGGGCGUAGUGCCUCUCACCCCUACAUGCACGGGUGGGACACUCCCCAGCCCGACUUGCAUCGACGCGGCACUCUUCACGAGGGCAUGCACGGACGCAUGUUUUAUCCUGAGGCUGGCUCGUCUUACAGUAUCAGAGAGCCAAUGUUGCCUGGUUACUAUUACCCCGAGAGCCAGCGUGGAAGAUAUGGUGGGCGUAUACCAUCUGCGCCUGUGAGAGGCUUGCAUGCCAAUGAACCCGCGCUUAUUCCAGGAUCAUCUGAAGCCCGUGUACCGCCCACUGGACGAACAGCAGAGUUCACGGCUACUCGCCUACCUGCUGCUCAGCCUAAAAAUGAUGUUGCAAACGGAGAUCCCGAGAACGUGAACCUCCCGUAG